AGCCGUCGGACAUCCGGGAUCGCAUUCGGACGACCCCGGCCCCACGCCGCGCACGCCGGCCCCGAGCGGGUUAACGCACCGCCCUCGCCGCGCCGGCUCCUCCCCGUGGGGGUAGUGCCCGGGCUCAGCCGACGCCCUCACUCGACCUGGCGGCGGGCCGCUGGGCAGACUGCAGGUCCCCCCGGCGGUUGAACCGACCCCGUGCGCCGCGGAUGCGCCCGGCGCGCCCUGAGCAGCUGCCGCACGGCCGCCAGGCGGUCAGGCAGCCUGGGGAGCCCCCACGAGCCCGCUGGGCCCAGGUUGCCCAGAUGCGGGCACCACUCUGCUUGCUGCUGCUCGUUGCCCACGCGGUGGACAUGCUGGCUCUGACCCGAAGAAAGAAGCAAGUGGGUGCUGGCCUCGGGGGCAACUGCACAGGUUGUGUCAUUUGCUCAGAGGAGAAUGGCUGUUCCACCUGCCAACAGAGGCUGUUCCUGUUCAUCCGUCGGGAAGGCAUCCGCCAGUAUGGCAAGUGCGUGCAUGACUGCCCACUCGGCUUCUUCGGCAUCCGUGGCCAGGAGGUCAACAGGUGCAAAAAAUGCGGGGCCACAUGCGAGAGCUGCUUCAGCCAGGACUUCUGCAUCCGCUGCAAGAGGAGGUUUCACCUGUACAAGGGGAAGUGUCUGGCCACCUGCCCGCCUGGCACCUUAACCCAGCAGAACACACGGGAGUGCCAGGAAGAAUGUGAACUGGGGCCCUGGGGCAGCUGGAGCCCCUGUACACACAAUGGCAAGACCUGCGGCUCCGCCUGGGGCCUGGAGACACGUGUGCGAGAGGCUGGCCGGGCCGGGCAGGAGGAAGCAGCCACCUGCCCCGUGCAGUCUGAGUCGCGGAAGUGCGCCCUCCAACGGCCCUGUCCUGGAGAGAGAAACGGGCGCGCUAAGAAGGGCCGCCGAGACCGGCGCCAGCGCAAGGACCGGAAGCCGGACCAGGACCGGAAGUCGGACCAGGACCAGAAGCCUGGCCGCAGACGGGACGGGAGGUCGCGGCAGCCGGCCCUGCAGUGACCGCGGCUCGGUGGCCAGUGCGGCAUCGCUGCUUCCUCCCCGCCUCCUCUUCUUUGUUCCCACCCCUAAGGCGUCCACCUUCGUUUAUUAU